GCAGACACAACCGAAAAACCAAGGGGAAAAAAUAGUAAAGAAACGGAGGCGCGGCUCCCCUCCCUCCUCCUCCCCGUUUCUUAUCUAUCCUGAUCCAAAUCCGCCUCGCUUCUUUUAUAUCCUCCUCCGAGGAAAAUAAUUCCAUUCCCCACCACCGCAUCGCGUCCUGCUCGCCUCCGUCGCCGUCGUCGCCGUCGCCAUGGCCACCGAGGAAGCCGCCAAGCCGUCCCCGCUCCCGCCCUACCCAGAGAUGAUCCUGGCGGCGAUCGAGGGGCUGGGCGACAAGAACGGGUCGAACAAGUCGGCCAUCUCCAGGUACAUCGAGGGCAAGUACGGCGAGCUCCCGCCCGCGCACGCGUCGCUGCUGACGGCGCACCUGGCUCGCAUGAAGGAGUCCGGCGAGCUCAUCUUCCUCAAGAACAACUACUUCCGCGCCGAUGCCCCCGACGCGCCGCCGAAGCGGGGCCGCGGGCGCCCGCCCAAGGUGCGGGACCCCAACGCGCCGCCGCCGCCGCCCAAGGCACCGUCCACCGGCUCGCCGCGGCCCCGCGGGCGCCCGCCCAAGCCCAAAGACCCGCUCGACGCUGCCGUCGCGCAGGCCACCGCGGGGAUGCCCAAGGCCCGCGGCCGCCCGCCCAAGAAGGCCAAGAUCGAUGCCACUGCCGCCGCCGCGCCCUCCCCCGCCGCCGCCGCGCCAGCCGGCGGCGACGGCUCCGCCCCCGUCAAGCGCGGCCGCGGCAGGCCCCCCAAGGUACGCCCCGCCGUGCCCAGCGAGACGGCCGCGGCCUAGUCGUCGUCGUGAGAGAGGUUAUUAGGGCGUAGCGAUCCGUCCUCCGCGCGUCACCUGCUGCUGCUUCGCCGUGUUGGUUAAUCUUAGGGUUCGGUUCCUUGCUUGGUCUAAUUGUUCGUCGUGGCUUAAUUAAUUAAUGGAGUAAUUAGGGGAGGGAUUUGAUGUGCCGUGGUUUCUUUCGCUGUUCAGUUCGUGCUGCUGGUGUGUUGUAAGCUAGUAAGCUCUAAAGCUAGGGAUCUGCUUCUGCUGAGACUGAGAGUGCUGUUCUGGUCGAUUAAUCAGGCUGCUAAUGUGGAUGUGUACAAUUUAAUUAAUUAGCGGAUGAUGGUGAUGUUAAUGAUGUUGAUUUAAGGCAGGGUUCUUCCAAGUGCCCCCUAGUUUGACUCUA